UCCUGCAGGUGAAGGCUGGCCAAGAUGGCGUCAGUUUUUCGAAGUGAAGAGAUGUGUUUGUCACAACUGUUCCUCCAGGUGGAAGCUGCGUAUUGCUGUGUCGCUGAGCUCGGGGAGCUUGGACUAGUUCAAUUCAAAGAUUUAAAUGCAAAUGUAAACAGCUUCCAAAGGAAAUUUGUGAAUGAAGUCCGAAGGUGUGAGUCACUGGAAAGAAUCCUCCAUUUUCUAGAAGAUGAGAUGAAAAACGAGAUCACAAUCCAAUUGCCUGAGAAGUACCCAGAGACCCCUCUCCCACGGGAACUGAUUACACUGGAGACUGUUCUAGAAAAAUUGGAAGGAGAAUUACAGGAAGCCAACCAGAGCCAACAAGCUUUGAAGAAGAGCUUCCUAGAACUGACAGAGCUUAAAUACCUCCUGAAGAAAACCCAGGACUUCUUUGAGACAGAAACCAAUUUAGCUGAAGAUUUCUUUACCGAAGACACUUCCGGUCUCCUGGAGUUAAGAGCUAUACCUGCAUUCAUGACUGGAAAGUUGGGGUUCACGGCUGGUGUGAUAAACAGGGAGAGAAUGGCUUCCUUUGAGAGACUGCUUUGGCGAGUUUGCCGGGGAAACAUUUACUUGAAGUUCAGCGAGAUGGACACACCUCUGGAGGGCUUCCUUUGA